AAAUUAAUUGAACAGUGGCUAUAAGAUCAGCCCAACUGAUCUUAUUCAAGACCAGUUCUUGUGUUGAUCUUAAGAUGACGUGUCACACUCUUGGUUUCAUUUUUCACUGGCUUCGACAUUUCUUUUUCUUCUCACAAAACUUUCUCAAUUCCGGCCAAACGAGUGGUGUCUCCGAUGUUAAGGCUUCUAUUUUAUUGGAAUCGGAAAGAGGCGCGGCCGAUUGGAGGAGACGGAAGCGGUCGAGCAGUGAAGACUGGAGAGAGGAAAAGUGAGAGUCAAUCUCAGACCAUGAGAGGUUGAAAGAUGGUGAAAGAAGAGAUCGGUGAGCUUGGAGAUCGUCGAAAGCUUUCUUCAUAUUUCGUUUCUUCUCGUCGAUUUGGUUAAUCGAUGAGGCGAUUGAUUCCGGCGCCGUCAUAAUCGGAAAACAUCGUUUCUCGCUUUUUCUCUCUCACUCACACAAUUCCAAAAUGCAGCGUCAGAGAUCGAUUUUGUCUUUCUUUCAAAAACCGUCGUCGGCGAGUAAGGGUUUGGUUUCCGGCGAUGCUACUAGCGGAACGGAUACUCCGCCGGAGAAGGUUCCGCGUCGUGUCUUGCCGUCCGGAUUUAAGCCGGCUGAAUCCGCCGCCGGCGGUGGAGCUUCGUCGCUGUUCACUAAUAUUAUGCAUAAGUUUGUGAAGGUCGAUGAUCGAGAUUGUUCUGGAGCAAGGAGCCGAGAACAUGUUGUUCCGCUGAAUGAUUCAUCUGUAUGUAUGAAGGAUGAUAAUGUUUUUCCUGAAUAUCGUUCCAAUAAUGGUCAGUCUCAAGAAAGAGGCCACACGUUUAGCUUCAGUGGGAGAGCUGAUAUAAGACCAGUAGAAGAUAUAGGAGUAGAUGAUGAUGUUCCUGGUCCAGAAACACCAGGGAUGCCUCCAAGUAUUUCUCGUUUGAAGCGAGUUUUGGAGGAUGGAAUGACUUCUAAGGAGAAUAAGGUCCCUGUAUUGGAUUCUAGCAAGAGGCUGAAAAUGCUCCAAGAUCCUGUUUGUGGAGAGAAGAAAGAAGUAAACGAAGGAACCAAAUUUGAAUGGCUUGAGCCUUCUCGAAUCAGGGACGCUAACAGACGAUGUCCUGAUGAUGAUGAAGCAAUUGAGAAGAUGCUCAAUGAUCUAUCCCUUGUGAAGAGGUUCGAUGCAUAAGAUUCUCAAGAUCUAGAGACUAAGAACAAGCACUAUCUAGCUGAUGUCUGAUCAAAUAUCUCUGGAGUUAAUUUUCCAUGUCUGAGAUUAUAUUAGCUUUCUCAUGCCCAUAAUCUCUGGAAUGAUACCUUUUUGUUGAAUGAAUGUAAUUUACAAUGGAUGAUCCAAGCUUUCUCAAUGAAAUAUACCAAUUCCUUUUCACUAAA